AUGGGUGAAAAAUCAGAAACACAGUCAACCUAUUCAGGCAUGACCUCACACCUAAAAUGGGACAACCCUAACCAUCCACUCCACCUUCACCAUUCGGACCAGCCUGGUGCAGUCCUUGUACCGCAGCAAUUGGUGGAGGACAAUUACAAUACAUGGGCUGAGUCCAUGACCAUGGCAUUAACGGUCAAGAACAAGCUCGGUCUCGUCGAUGGCACAGUCAAGAAGCCACACGAAGACAAACUUGAAGAAUUGCAUCAAUGGAACCGAUGCAAUAAUCUGGUGAAGACAUGGCUUUUAGGGUCGAUGUCCAAGGAAAUUUCAGGAAGCGUCAUCAACUGCAAAGAUGCUCGACAAAUGUGGCUUGACUUGCAGGAAAGAUUCUCUCAUGUGAACAUCGUCCAACUAUUUCACAUAGAGAAUGAGAUUCACGGCUGCGUACAAGGUACCAUGACAGUAAGUUCCUACUUCACCAAACUAAAAAGUCUCUGGGAUGAACGAGACGUAUUAUGUGCGAUUCCGGCAUGUAGUUGUGAAACAAAGAAGGAGAUUGCUUCGUACGUUGAAACACAAAAGACCAUGAAGUUUCUCAUGGGGUUGAAUGAUUCUUAUGCCACCGUUCGCAGCAACACUCUUCUCCUUGAGCCAUUGCCCACAGUAAACAAAGCCUACUCAUUGGUUCUCCGCCAUGAGCGACAGGCGGAAGUUUCCAGUGGAAACAACAAUAUUUCCCAAACAGAAGCUGCGGCAUUCACCGUGAAAACAACUAGCCGCGAAGUCGAAUCAGAAGACGGUGCACUUCGAUGUGGGAAGUGCAACAAGAUGAAUCACAAUACUAAAAAUUGUCGUGCUCAUCUCAAAUGUACCUUCUGUGGAUGGAAGGGUCACUCUUAUGAUUUUUGUCGUAAGAGGAAAGCAGCUGCUGAGAGUGAACAAAGUCGACCUUUCUCCUCCAAAGGCAAUCAAGUUGCAACUCACGACAAAAGGAAAGUGAUGCCUAACUUUCCUUUUUCUCAGGAGGAUUGUGAGCAAAUUCUCCAGAUGCUGAGCAAGAACAAAUCAUCUUUUGCUAACCAAGUGGGUAAUUCUUCAAAUCAUGAAGAUCUUUCAGGACCUACGCUCGGGGAAGAUGAUUGGGAUGGGAAUUGA